GAGUUGUAAAGAGAUCACCCUUAGACGUUAGAGAUGGCUUCCAGUCCAAACGAUUCGGAUCCGAACUCCCAGCCAGGGGACGGUGAUCCGAAUCCAAAUAUCAGCCCUCAAGAAGAGCUGGACUUCUCGAUUUUAUUUGAUUAUGACUAUUCGCAGCCAGUAGCAGAAGAACCGACUCCUUCACAUAAAAUCAUCAGCCCACCCACUGGAGUUACUUACCCUCAUGACGAUGUCUCGGAUUAUGGCCUCAAGCCGUACCCCUUCGCUUUCUCUAGCCUUUCGGCAAAUCACAUGGGCAGAUAUGGACAGCCAGAUAGCAUAGGGUCAAAAUGCUACUUGGACCCUCUCAAGGCUGCAGGUCCCCCUACUUUGAGCCCUAGGAUUGAGAUAACACCAUCUUAUGAACUGAUUCACUCAGGGGGGCCCUUCAGCGGCAGAGACACAGAUCUAUUGGUAGAGCAUCAGUCCAGCUCAGCUACUGCUAGCCCAAGGUUUACCCUGCCAGUCCCUGGCUUUGAGAGCUACCGAGAACCGCUGUGCCUGAGCCCUCCUAGCAGUGGCUCCUCUGCAAGCUUCAUUUCAGAGACAAAUUUCUCUCCUUACACUUCACCAUGCGUUUCACCAAAUAAUGGCCCUAGUGAUGACCUUUGUCCACAGUUUCAAAACACCCAUGCUCAUUAUUCCCCUAGAACCUCGCCAAUAAUGUCCCCACAAGCAACUGUCGUGGAAGAUACCUGCUUGGGGCCACGUUCACCAUCACCACGUCCCAACUCAAGGUCGUCAUCGCCAGGGGCAAAGCGGAGGUACUCUUGCACUGAGCUGUACGGGAGUCAGCACCCACACUCUUCUCCACGGCAGUCGAGAACCCCUUCUCCACAGGCCUCUCCCCACAUCUCCUUGAGAGAAGACGGAGCCACAGUCACUUACACCCAGUUGUCCACCUCCUCAAGUCUCAUGGAUGCAAUGAACAAUCUCACCACUGAUCCUUCCUGCGGAGUUCCCACAAAAAUAUGGAGGACCACCCCAGAUCCUUUGCCAGUGGCUUCCCACAAAUCCAGUAUGCCAUGUCACGUGCUUCAGCCGAUCGAAUACAUUGGGUCCUGUGAGCAGGACAACCGAAGGAACCCCCCACCAGAUUCAAUCCUUUUAGUGCCGCCAUCUUGGCCAAAGCAGCUGAUGCCUGCGAUACCAAUCUGCAGCAUUCCUGUUCAGUCUCUUCCACCUCUUGAGUGGCCUCUUUCCAGCCAUUCGGGCUCCUAUGAAUUACAGAUUGAGGUGCAACCCAAACCUCACCAUCGUGCUCAUUAUGAGACGGAAGGGAGCCGAGGGGCAGUCAAAGCACCAACAGGGGGACAUCCUGUGGUUCAGCUUCAUGGUUAUAUGGACCACAAGCCCUUGGGCCUUCAGAUCUUCAUUGGAACAGCAGAUGAGAGGAUUCUUAAGCCACAUGCUUUUUACCAAGUCCAUCGCAUCACAGGGAAAACAGUCACUACCACCAGCUUUGAGAAAAUAAUUGGCAACACCAAGGUGCUGGAAAUCCCUCUGGAGCCAAAAAACAACAUGAAAGCAAUCAUUGACUGUGCAGGAAUUCUCAAGCUGAGGAAUGCAGACAUUGAAUUACGGAAAGGAGAAACAGAUAUUGGCCGAAAGAACACCCGUGUGCGAUUGGUGUUCCGCGUGCACAUCCCUGAAUCCAGUGGCCGGAUAGUUUCUUUGCAAGUUGCAUCCAAUCCCAUUGAAUGCUCCCAACGCUCUGCUCAUGAACUUCCAAUGGUUGAAAGACAAGAUAUGGACACCUGCCUUGUAUAUGGUGGACAGCAAAUGAUUUUAACUGGCCAGAAUUUUACAGCAGAAUCCAAAGUCAUCUUCACAGAGAAGACACCAGAUGGACAGCAGGUUUGGGAGAUGGAAGCCACAGUGGACAAAGACAAGAGCCAAUCUAACAUGCUGUUUGUAGAGAUUCCAGAAUAUCGGAACAAGCACAUUCGUGCCCCUGUCAAGGUGAAUUUCUAUGUUAUCAAUGGGAAACGGAAAAAAAGUCAGCCACAGCAUUUUACCUACCAUCCAGUGCCUUCCAUCAAAACAGAGCCCAUUGAUGACUAUGAUCCAAGUUUAAUCUGCAAUACAGUACACAGUGGUCUGAGAACAGUAACACAGCCUUAUUAUUCACAUCAUACAAUGGUCUCAGAGUCUCCUUCCUGUCUUGUGGCUACAAUGGCUUCUUGCCAGCAGUUGCAUUCAAAUCUCUCUUCUCCCGAAUCCCAGUAUCCUUCACAAAACCCAGGAGCUAUAAUAUAUCAAAGAAGCAAGAGUCUCAGUCCAAGCCACCUGGGCUACCAGCAGUCCAACUUGAUGGGGGCCCAGGUUUCCAUCCCAGAUAUUCAUAGGUCAGUGCUUGUGCACACAGGAUCCCCCAGCCAAAGUUCAGCAAUGCUCCAUCAUUCUCCAGUCAAUCAGCCAUCUUCUCCAGUGAUUCAUUGCUCUCCCACAACCAAUCAUCAAAUGAGAUGUGAAAGCCAUCAAGAGUUUCAGCAUAUAAUGUGUAGUGAAAAUUUCACACCCAGUGGAGUGAGGCCCCAUCAGCCUCAAGUCAACCAAGCACAAAGGUUAAGCCCAAAUUCUUAUCCUACUGUGAUUCAGCAGCAGAGAACGGCCAAAAAUGGACCACCAGUAAAUGAUCAGAAGGAAGUGGUAUCAGCUGGAGUCACUGUAAAACAGGAACAGAAUCUUGACCAAGCUUAUUUGGAUGAUGUUAGGCCAACUCCUAAAGAUAGCAUUUUAUUUUCUAAUGAUACUUCUGGGGCCUAUGUGGGGCUCGUUACCAUGGUUGAAAAUAUGGGUUAUGCUGAAAUUGCGCAUAUCCAGCUGUACAGGAACCUGAUGGGCAAUAAGGAAGAUGUUCGUGGACUCAUAGCUCUGGGCAUCACAGUGGACUAUUUAUGGAUAAAUUUGUUUCAGUUUGAUUGGUUUGGGCCAUAA